AUGUCCUCCCAAUCCGAAGAAGAUUCUACCCAGAUUGUCGUCCCGCUUGAGGGCGUCAGUGAUGGAAACGAGGACUGCUGGCCUGAGGAGGGCGAUGCACGUUAUGAGAUGGCCGAUAUUACGAACUGGUGCUAUGGUCUCGCUAUGAUGUGGAUGAAGGAUAUCGGAGUGCUUGGAGAGAUCGGCGCGAGUAAGUUUCUACUUACAUCCAUGGCUUUACGCCAGUUUGCAGGCACGGCGGAGCGUUGGCUAACAAUCUGCCCAGAUGUGAAUGUGACUGCCACCAACUUCCACCCUCCUCAUGGCCUUACCUACACCAUCCCUAGCCUGCCAGAGGGCUACCUGCUCUGUGACCGCCCCGCGGGGGCGACCCGAAAGGCCCUGUACCGCGACAAAUUUCUCUUCGGCCAUCCCAGCGGAAAGUAUUUCCAAUCGCGGAUUCGCUUCUACCCACACUUCUUUGCUUUGAUGACCAACACUCUUGCCAACUGCCCUUGUGACCUCUGUGGGAGAGCAAAACCUUCUGAUACCAGACCUCAGACGCAGGCCCGCAGCAUGAUUCCUGUUCGCGCUCGCCAGGUUCGAGACCGCAGUGUCCCAACCGAUGUCGAUGUGUUCAGGGUUGCUAUCAAAAACAUGAAGACCAAGGCUCCUGGAAAAAUCGACGAGUUGAUCGAAGAGCGCAUGAACAUGGACUGGCGUUUCACCAACGAUCGCCUCACGGAGUAUUUUGAACUGCUGAACCUCCAACCUGCCUUCCUCCCCCGCCACGGGGAGACGGUGCUUUGGACUCCGUCGUCUCUCAAGCCGGGUGAAUACCUCCAAUUCAACCAAGAUACCGAAACCCUCAUGGUCCGCAAUGACAAGGGUAAAUGGGUCCGCGAACCUACAUGGCUGGCUGGUAUUAUCACGCAGACACCCUUGGAAGAAAUCCUCUGCCAGGAAAUCAUCACACCCGAGGAUAGGAAACCAGGAAACUUGGCCUCGAACAAAGGAUUCAAAGACUGGACCUCUGCUCUUUUCCGGGUUGAAACCCUUCCGCAUCCCAUUGAGGAUGACAAGUCUGCCUCGCUGCACUACAAAUAUCUCCCGCUGAGUUGUAUCAAGCCGUUCGGCUUCUGGCAGUGUUUCCUGCGUACCAUUCCUCGCAAGAAGUGGGACCCGUCUGUCGAAAACGCCAUGAUGACCAUGGCCUCGUGGAGUGUCGUAUCCCGCUACCGCUUCAAGGGUACAUGGCCGAACGCCUCCAUCUUCUGCAAGGGAAUCUGGAUCGGCGCAGAGCUGCUAGCUGUGGGCGACACGGCGCGACUCCGUCCGCUUUCGCGCGAUGGAACCAGCCUUUCUCAAGUUACUGAUGUGAUGGUUAUUGAAAAGAUCGAAGUGCAUUUGCAGGACUGCAUUGACGAUCCGGAUAAUGAGCAGCUGGCAGCCCAGUAUAGCGCUCGAAUCAAGGGCAAAAUCUACACUCUCGAGAAAGAUCGACCCGACACCGCGGUAUUUGGGAAUAUCCCAUUACAAUCCAUGUCGAUGGAAGAGGUGGCCACCGCAUUUAACUUGAACAUCAUGAACAAAUACGGCCGCUGGUACCGCGUGGCUGAUGGCAAGACGGUUGUUGUAUCGCAGGACGUGAUUCUCGGCCGGUGCUACGAUCCUGAUGCUCACUUGUUCCACUGGGGAAAUCAUAACCUCGGAAAUGACUUGUCAGCUAUCCUUGCGGGCCGCGAUUACUCCCGCAUCGCCGAUUCCCGCAUGCCAGAGCGUAGCACCUGGUUCUGGGGCGAUUACCGCGCAGAGACAUUGGGGCUGGAGAGUGUGAACGGAUAUGAUGUUGGCGUGGCGGCCGAGCAGCGACGGGAUCCCAAUCUCGAGGUCGAGUACGAUCCCAACCACCCCAUCCACAUGAGACCCUGGCUAGCUAUCUUCCGGAUUCUGGACGGCAACGCGACUUCUACUGACGAGCGCGAUGCCCGUCUCCCUAGAAAGCGUGCCCGUCCGUUCAAGAAGGACUCGGAACUUCAAAAGCUGGGCAAGACGAGCAAGCUUAUUAGCACGGGUUUGGGGCAAGUCUCUAACGAUGAUGAUGAGGAGGAGGAGGAUGUAAAGAAGGAAGAGAAAGAAGUGAAGUCCGAGAGCGGCAAACGGCAGAGACUCCACGGCGCACACACCGUCAGCGGCAACGGUCCCGGUAAUGCCAUUCCCGUCGACAGCGAGUCCGGGGCCGAGUCCAGCUCGAGCGAACAGGAGGAUCCCUUCCGAGGUGAACCGCAGCUGCUCAAUUUCCGUGGAGGAACUGAAGAGACCGAGCUCGGCGAAUACCAGCCCGGUAACGCAUGA